CCGGGCGGCGCUGUCAGUGCGGAGCUGAGCGGAAUGCAGCGGCCCGAGGCCUGGCCACGUCCGCACCCAGGGGAGGGGGCCGCCGCGGAGGCGGCGGCGGCAGCCCGGGGGGGAACGGCGCAGGGCGCUGGGGCCUCGGAGCCCCCGGGGCUGCGGUUGCAGGAACCAUCUCUCUACACUGUCAAAGCAGUUUUCAUCCUGGAUAAUGAUGGACACCGGCUUCUGGCCAAGUAUUACGAUGAUACAUUCCCCUCCAUCAAGGAGCAGAAAGCCUUCGAGAAAAAUGUCUUCAAUAAGACUAAUAGGACUGACAGUGAGAUUGCCUUUUUUGGGGGUAUGACCAUUGUCUACAAGAGCAGCAUCGACCUUUUCCUGUAUGUGGUGGGCUCAUCCCAGGAGAAUGAGCUGAUGCUCAUGUCAGUCCUCACCUGCCUGUUUGAUUCCCUGAACCAUGUGUUACGGAGGAACAUAGAGAAACGCUCAUUGGUGGAGAACAUGGAUGGAGCUUUCCUGGUGGUGGAUGAGAUCGUGGAUGGCGGUGUAAUUCUGGAGAAUGAUCCCCAGCAGGUGAUCCAGAAAGUGAACUUCCGGGUCGAUGACAGUGGCCUGUCUGAGCAGAGUGUGGCCCAGGUUCUGCAGUCUGCCAAGGAGCAAAUUAAGUGGUCUUUACUAAAGUGAAAACCAUAGGAACCAAACUUCCUGCCUACUCCACGGACCAUUUCCUCAGUUCUGUAAAAUGCUGAGGACCCAGAGAGACAAGAGGGUCCCUCCCUUUCACCCUCCCCAAGCCUCCCCCUCAUACCAAUGCAGAAUCCUGAGUUCUUGACCUCUGAUGCAUUGACCAGAGGGGACCCUAUCCUUUGAGUCAUAAAAUCACAGAGCUGGAAGGGACUUUGGUCAUCUUCUGUACCCAGACAUCCAAACAGGCUGGAUCCUGAAGGGGGACAACCAGCCUCCAUUUGAAGACUUCCAGUGAUAGGGAACUCAUUACUCCCCAGCAGCCACUUUUGAAUCACUCUCAUGGGUGAAUCAGUUAGUCAUCCCUUCCCCUGCCCACUCCCCAAGACAACCAAGUGAUCUGCCUCCUUAAUGGUGGACUCUUUUGUCUCCCUGUCUGGGACCUGAGACCAGGCACUGAGGACUGCAAUAAAACACCUUUUGUCUCCUG